CAAUAUUACAACACAAUAUAAAUACAAUUCAUAGAAUGUACUACUCAAAUACACUCUUCUGAUUUAUAUAACAUUCAUUUACCGAAUAAAAUGUACGUUGUAAUAGGUAGGACCUUAGCUCGUAUUUGAAUGCCCCCAUUUUCUCUACUUUCCUAAUUUGACGUGGUAAUUUAUAGUGUAGUUUUAUUUCUAUAUUCACUACACCUUUCUUGAGAACAUUCGUUCCACAGAACUGGACACGGAGCUCCAACUUUUGGCGUGUGGCAAAUCGUUUAUAACCCUAUUUAUUUUCUCUUGAAGGAUCUGGCCAUUUUGACAUGGUUUGUUGCCUGAGAAAAUUUUAUUGCAUAUAAUCACCACAAGUCUUUUAUAAAUCUAGAAUACAUCCAUCGAAUGCUUCCCAUUACACUCAGUGAUUGGGGAAUUAUAAAUAUAAUAGUUAACAGAGGGAUCAUACAGUUUAACGGUGGCUCUGAACCACAGUGGGGGCCUGUUGUACUUCCAAAUCAUCUUUCAAAUCAUGCUAUCAUUCAACAUUGGAUGGUAAAGCAUUCUUUACAUAACCCACAAAGCAAUCAACAAUCCCCCUCACACACACUUACAUACUGAGGGCAGAAGAAAAUACACACAAAGUAGUUGGCAGCACUUGCUAUCUAAUUUAAAUUCGGUAAAAUAUUAUGUAUUCACAGCCAAAGCAGUUCAUAAAUUCAUGUGCACAAGGCACAACCUUUAAUACUCGGUGUAAGCCAUCUUUGGAAUGGUGUUAACUGAAACAUCAAGGUUGAAUGUAUUAAAAUGAACUUAGCAUUUUUAAUACUAACUGGCAUUUCCCUUCAUUGUCGGCAAACAAAACAAACAUUUAUAACCUUAGUGCCUCCCAGACAUCAAGAAUGACACGUGAUGCAGUGAACCAUUGUGCGACUAAGAAUGAGAGGGGAAGAGGAAGAAGAUAUAAGUUGAUAAGUCCCUUCUCAUGGAGGAAACACAUUGACUAUCUUGAGCUUCCACGUACUUGAUUAUGGGAAGAGAAUAAGCAGAAGACUGUCCAGUACCACAAAUUAAAUUGAAUUUUUUUUCUGUGUACUUUAAUUUAAUUGGAAAAAUUGGAUUAUUGUUACCCAUGCUAUUGUGUUACUUUCAAGAAUUUUUGUGCUGAUAUAAACAAACAUGACUGCAACACAAGAAAACAUCAAUGAUGAAUUUACCAAGAAUCCUGAACUAAAGAAGAAAGAUUUACAAGAACUAAAAUGUUGGCUGGGAACACAAAUGCACUUACCAUCUAUUUCAGAGGAGCAGCUAAUAGUAUUUCUACACAGUUGCUAUUAUGAUGUGGCUCGGACUAAAAACUGCAUUGAGACAUACUAUACUCUCAGGACCAAAACCCCGGAAAUAUUUACAAACAGAGAUUUGAAACAUCCAGAGAACCAGAAAAUGCUCACAGUUCUAAACUACAUAGUACUACCUGUUACAGACCCAAAUGGCAACAAUGUUAUAUUUCACAGUCUAAAGCAAACUGAGCCAUCAAAAUACUCUUUUGCUGAUGCUGCCAGGGUAUACUUCAUGAUGAUCGACUGGUGCAUCCAACAUGAUGGCACAUCACCUGGCAUUGUUAUUGUGUUUGAUGUGACAGGUCUGAGGUUUGGUCAUCUCACCAAACUAAGUCUCUCUUUAAUUCACAAGAUACUCAUCUAUAUCCAGGAAGGUAUGCCUGUCCGACUGAAAGCCAUUCACAUAUUAAAUACAAUUCCUAUUGCAGAUCAAAUUAUGUAUCUCACCAAGCCAUUUAUGAAUAAAGAGCUUCAGAAACUGAUUCAUUUUCAUAAAAGGAAUGAUGAAUCUAUCUAUGAAUAUCUGCCCAAGAACAGUAUGCCUCGAGAUUUUGGCGGAGAACUUCCAACAGUAGCAGAAUUAGAUGCUAGCUAUAUUCUGAAGUUGCAUCAGUUACAAGAUUACUUCAAGGAAGAAGAGAAGUUUUGUGUGGAUGAAAACAAAAGAAGCAACAUAAGGAAGAACAAGGACAACUUUGUGCCACUGGGCCACUAGUCACUAAUUGAUAUAUUAACUUGUGUCAGUGUACAGAAAUAUGCCUGCCACUGAUUAACAUUGGAAAACAAGAUACUGUGUUUAAUGUAAAACAUUAAUGAAAGAACUGAAUUAGGUUCAAAUAAAGAGGGGCAAUGGUAUAAAUGGUA